AUGUCCGGCACACUCACCAACGGUUCCUCAAGAAUAUCUCACCAAGAGGAGAAAGAACUCCCGGGAGGAUGGGUGGUCCUCAAGUUCGGGGGCACGAGUGUCGGCAAGUUUGCCGUCAAUAUAGCGGAGAUUGUGAAGUCGGGUCUCAGCGAGAACCGCGUCGCAAUCGUCUGCUCUGCCCGCAGCAACAAUACUAAGCUGGAGGGCACCACCAACAGGCUUCUCCGCUCGGCGCGUGAAGCCGAAAUCCCUGGCUCGAAGGGCUACGUCGAAAUCGUCGAGGCUAUCCGUACCGACCACAUCCAGGCCGCUGUCGAUACCAUCAAGAACCCCGACAUCAUCGCGCAGUACACUGAGGACGUCAAUGAGGAAUGCCGCCACCUCAUCAAAAUCCUCGAGUCGGCCCAGCACCUGGAGGAGGUCAGUGUCCGCGUCGAGGACAAGAUCAUCAGCAAAGGCGAAAAGCUUAGCUGCCGCUACAUGGCCGCGCUGCUGGAGGAGCACGGUGUACCGGCUCAAUACGUCGACCUUUCCAACGUCAUCAACCACAGCCCGGGCCAUAAUAAGGCCCUGGAUGAGAACUUCUAUGCGGGUCUGGCGGCGACGCUCGGUGACGAGCUGAGGUCCUGCGGAGAUAAGGUCCCCGUUGUGACGGGCUACUUCGGAAAUGUCCCGGGUGGACUGCUGAAUGCAGUUGGUCGCGGCUACACUGAUUUGUGCGCCGCACUCUGCGCCGUUGGCACCGAGGCCGAUGAGCUCCAGAUUUGGAAGGAAGUUGACGGCAUCUUCACCGCGGACCCCCGCAAGGUGCCUACUGCGGCGCUGCUGCCUUCGGUCACGCCCUCUGAGGCGGCCGAGUUGACCUUCUAUGGCUCGGAGGUCAUUCACCCCUUCACCAUGGAGCAGGUCAUCCGCGCGCGCAUUCCCAUCCGCAUUAAGAACGUCAUGAACCCGCGCAAUGCUGGUACUGUCAUCUUCCCUGAUUCGGAGGAGGAGCUCAAUGGCAGGAACCCGCUGCAUGACCCGAAGCUGUUCCGCACGCGCUCCAGCAGCAAUGUCACCGCACUCAAGGGCCCGAAGCGCCCCACUGCCGUCACCAUCAAGCGCGGCAUCGUGGUGCUGAACAUCCACAGCAACAAGCGCACUCGCGCGCCCGGCUUCUUGCGCAGCAUCUUCGCCAUCCUGGACAAGUGGAACAUGUCUGUUGACCUAAUCUCCUCGUCCGAGGUGCACGUCUCGCUGGUGCUGCACUCCGAGUCGUCCAUGCUGACCUAUGGUACGGAUGAGGAGUACCACAUCCAGGAUGAGGAGCUGAAGGGCUGCGUCAUUGACCUCGGCCAAAUUGGUACCAUCGAUCUUGUGCCGGACAUGGCCAUCGUGAGCUUGGUUGGUAAGCAGCUCAAGAACAUGCUUGGUAUUUCCGGCCGUUUCUUCUCCGUGCUCGGAGAGAACAACAUCAACAUUGAGAUGAUCUCGCAAGGUGCCAGCGAGAUUAACAUCUCGUGCGUUAUCGAAGAGAGGGACGCUGACCGCGCCCUCAACGUUGUACAUACGAACCUGUUUACUUUCCUAGAGUAG